UCCCAAUCAAUUCCGAAUGACAGUUAGCGAACCAGAUUAAUGCACAAUGGCGACAGAGGCAGAUUUCACUUAUGAUGAGGCAACAUUCAAAGUUUCAGAUGAAAUGAAACAUGCAUUUAAAGAACAAGGAUACAUUGUAUUGAGAGGUUUAUUUAGUCCAGAGGAGCUGAAAAAAAUUAAACAAGUUUUGGAAGACACAGACUUGGUCCCCAAACAUGGAUAUGGAAUUCCUGAUUCCUCUGGUAGAAUGCCUAAGAUGGUGUUAUGGAGAGCUCCAGGGUCUGAUGUUACAGGAAUGGUGUGUCGCUGUGAAAAGAUUGUCACCACAGCAGAAAAGCUUCUGGGAGGUGAGGUGUACCACUAUAGCACUAAGCUGAUGAUGAAGGAACCCCUCGUAGGAGGUCGACAGGAGUGGCACCAGGAUUAUGGAUACUGGUAUCAAAAUGGUUUGCUGUUUCCAGAUGCCAUGAGUGUGUUUGUAGCAAUAGACAGAUGCAACAAAGCAAAUGGAUGCUUGCAGGUUUUGCCGGGCUCACACAAAGUUGGUCGUAUUGAACACAAGUUUGUAGCGGGUCAGACAGGGGCGGAUUUAGAAAGGGUAGAGCACCUUAAGAAAGUAUUUCCUCUUACUUAUAUGGAAAUGGAGCCAGGGGACACUCUGUUUUUCCACAGUAAUGUCCUGCAUGCUAGUGAUGCAAACAACAGUCCAAACAGAAGAUGGGCUCUGAUCAUGGCGUACAACAGGAAAAGUAACAACCCAAUAGAAAGCCUGGCCCCUCCAUUCCCAAGAUACACGCCACUGGAAAAGGUUCCAAAUUCUGCAAUUUUGGAUUGCACCAAUCUGACUGAUUUCUCUGGUAAAGAAUUCUUGGACCCAACAGCAGACAAGACAGUGAAAGCUGAUACAUCAAACAGAAGUGAGCAAGCGACCAAAGCCUAGAUUUAUUUUUAUAUGUACCAAUUAAGGAGCCUUGAAAAUGCUAGGACUUAUA